AUGAAGAAGCACUACAAACCAAUUCUCUCCCAACUGGAGAAUUGCAGAUCCAUGGUGGAACUGAAUCAACUCCAUGGUUUGAUGAUCAAAUCCUCGGUUAUCAGAAACGUCAUUCCUCUAAGCCGUCUCAUAGAUUUCUGCACCACGUCUCCCGAGACUAUGAACCUCAGCUACGCGAGAUCAGUUUUCGAAAGUAUCGAUUCUCCAAGCGUGUAUAUAUGGAACUCUAUGAUCAGAGGCUACUCAAACAGUCCAAACCCAGACGAAGCAUUGAUCUUUUACCAAGAAAUGCUUCGAAAAGGGUAUUCGCCGGAUUAUUUCACGUUUCCUUAUGUGCUCAAGGCUUGUUCAGGGCUGAGAACUAUCCAGUUCGGGAGUUGUGUUCAUGGAUUCGCUGUGAAAACCGGGUUUGAAGUGAAUAUGUAUGUUUCUACGUGCUUGCUUCAUAUGUAUAUGCGUUGUGGAGAAGUGGAUUGUGGUUUGAGGGUUUUUGAGGAUAUCCCAAAGUGGAACGUUGUCGCCUGGGGAAGUUUGAUUUCUGGGUUUGUGAAUAACAAUCGGUUUGGUGACGCGAUUCAAGCGUUUAGGGAGAUGCAGAGUAAUGGUGUGAAGCCAAAUGAGACAAUAAUGGUGGAUCUUCUGGUCGCUUGCGGUAGAUGUAAAGACAUUGCGGCUGGGAAAUGGAUGCUGCCGUAG